UAAUUUUUGGCGAUUCAUUCUUACCAUGUAUGUAUAUUUUGUGGGUACCUUGGUAAAGAAAUCCACUUGCUUUCUUGUCAAUCAGUUCUAUUAUUCGGGAAACGCUCCAGGAAUUUAUUCUUGAAUGCAUUAGGCAGACCUGGGAAGAUACUCUCACCAUUUGAACUGACACAAGAUACUCUCACCAUUCGGACCAAAUAUAUAUAUAUAGCCUAUAGAUGGAUGUGAAUCUAAGGAUGUAGUGGAAGAAUGAAGAUAAUUGCGGUCUUGAUGAAAUAUUACUGUGGUCUCAGUGGUGACGUGCUUUGCCCUCAUAUUUGUGCAAUUUCACAUAAAGAAGUUGCAAAGGAGUCAAUUCUGUACAGCUAUAAGCAUGGAUUUUCAGGAUUUGCGGCAGUUUUAACCAAGUCACAAGCAAAGCUCAUUGCAGGUUUCCCUGGUGUUGUUGGGGUAAUUCGAAAUAAGAUUCUUGAUCUUCAUACUACCAGAAGUUGGGAUUUUCUUCAAGUAAAACCUCAAAUUUGGAAUGGGAUACUUUCAAAGGGUCAUUUUGGGAGUGGUUCAAUUGUUGGUGUUCUGGAUACUGGUAUAUGGCCAGAGUCAGAAAGCUUUAGAGACGAAGGUUUCAGAGGUUUGCCAUUAGGAUGGAAAGGGAUAUGUCAGGAAGGAGAAGGAUUUAAUCACUCUCACUGCAAUAGGAAGAUUAUUGGUGCCCGUUGGUAUAUUAAAGGUUAUGAAGCUGAAUUUGGAAAACUAAAUACAAAUGAUGGGGUCGAGUUUUUGUCUCCUCGAGACGCUGAUGGCCAUGGAACUCACACAUCAUCAAUUGCAACUGGUGCCCUGGUGAGGAAUGCAAGCUUUAAUGGACUAGCUCAAGGUAUGGCAAGGGGAGGUGCUCCAUCGGCUUGGCUAGCUAUCUACAAAGUUUGUUGGGCUACUGGUGGCUGCAGCUCAGCUGAUAUUCUUGCUGCAUUUGAUGAUGCAGUCUUUGAUGGUGCUAAUGUGCUUUCUGUGUCUCUUGGUUCUACGCCUCCGCUCGCUACUUAUAUUGAGGACCCAAUUGCUAUAGGUUCCUUUCAUGCUGUAGCUAAGGGCAUCGUUGUAGUAUCCUCUGCAGGAAAUUCCGGUCCUUAUCCUCAAACUGUCCAAAAUACCGCUCCAUGGGUUGUCACUGUUGCGGCAAGCACCAUUGAUCGAGCUUUUCCUACCAUAAUUACCUUGGGAAACAAUCAGACUCUGAGGGGUCAAGCUUUCUAUACAGGCAAGAAUACGGGCGAGUUUCACCCUAUUGUGAAUGGAGAAGACAUAGCGGCUAAUGAUGCAGAUGAAUAUGGUGCAAGAGGUUGUGAACCAGGAACACUGAAUGCCACUUUAGCCAGAGGAAAAGUAAUUCUGUGUUUUCAGUCUCGAUCACAGAGAUCAAGUACCUCUGCUGUAACAACUGUGUUGGAUGUUCAAGGUGUCGGUCUUAUCUUUGCGCAGUAUCCUACCAAGGAUGUCUUCAUGUCUUUGGAUUUCCCUCUUGUCCAAGUGGACUUUGCAAUUGGAACAUAUCUUCUCACAUAUAUGGAGGCAGACAGAAAUCCUGUAGUCAAAUUCAGCUUCACGAAAACAGCUAUUGGGCAACAGAUAUCACCCGAAGUUGCGUUCUUCUCCUCUCGAGGACCAAGUUCCCUCUCCCCGACUGUAUUGAAGCCUGACAUUGCCGCUCCUGGAGUUAAUAUCUUGGCGUCUUGGUCCCCUGCUGCUUCACCGUCAACGUCCGAUAUGACUAACAAUAAAGUAGCUCCGCUCAACUUCAAAUUGGAUUCAGGAACAUCCAUGGCUUGUCCUCACAUAUCUGGUAUUGUGGCCCUUCUUAAAUCUAUUCAUCCAAAAUGGAGUCCUGCGGCUAUCAAGUCCGCACUUGUCACAACAGCUUCUACAAAAGAUGAAUAUGGUCAACACAUUGUUGCUGAAGGAGCACCGCACAAGCAAGCUGAUCCAUUUGAUUACGGAGGCGGUCAUGUCAAUCCUAACAAAGCCUUAAAUCCUGGUCUUAUAUAUGACAUGGGAAUGUCCGAUUACAUCAGUUUUCUUUGUUCAAUGGGCUACAAUAACUCUGCCAUAAGCUCAAUGACCAGGUCUAAAACCGUAUGCAAGCAUUCAACCAACUCCCUUUUAAAUCUUAAUCUGCCUUCCAUCGCCAUUCCUAAUCUGAAGCAAGAGUUAACAGUGUCAAGAACAGUGACAAAUGUCGGUCCUGUUACGUCUAUAUACAUGGCUCGUGUUCAAGUUCCUGCUGGUACCUACGUAAGAGUUGAGCCAUCAGUUUUGUCAUUUAAUUCCUCAGUAAAGAAGCGCAAGUUCAGGGUAACCUUUUGUUCCUUAUUAAGGGUUCAAGGAAGAUACUCAUUUGGAAAUCUAUUUUGGGAAGAUGGGUGUCAUGUGGUAAGAACACCUCUGGUAGUUAGAACUGUAAUUGAUGAAUUUUAUGCAGAAACAUGAUGCAAAUGGUUGCAUCACUUUUUAAGAA